GCCACCUGUUUAUGGCACAUAGGUUUGUUCUAAAAUUGGAUUUGCUUUUGAUGUUGUCAGCAGAAACUUCAAGGAAAGGCAGUGUCUACAAACAUCCGUAGUUUAUAACUGUGAUUAUGAAGAAAUGUAUGUAUAUUGGUUGUCUCAGUGAAGACAUUUCAAGCAAUGACAAUUAUGUGGAAGUGAAAACGGUCCUUCCAAACGCAGCCGGACUGAAGAAAUUGAAAUCUAAACUGCAAAUAAAAUGGAAACGGAAUGGAGAAGCAGUUUUCCAUCGCACCUGUUGGAACGACUUAUCGAAAUCAUCACGCGCGAGGAAAAAAUAUCCCAAUCUACCAGUUUUGUCAGCAGAAGAAAAAUGUUUGGUGAAGGAAGCGUCAAAGACAGCAGAGUUCUUUGAUUCCGAACAAUCUCUGAAUGAGAAAGCAGCCAAAUGUGCCCAGCUCAUAAAGUCAUCUGAGCAUUGCACUGCAUUCACUGGUGCAGGCAUUUCAACCUCUGCAGGUAUCGGUGAUUAUCGUGGGAAGAGUGGAAAAUGGACGCAACAGGAUCAGGACGCAGUGGACAUGGAUGCAGUGUUGGGGACAUCAGCAGAACCACUUGACGAGGAAGAAGAUGAAGUAGUUGCAAAGAAAUUAAAGAAAUCCGAUAGUCAUGACAAUGAUGUCAAAGAAGAAGUUGAGGAAGAGGAGCCUGGCGGUGUGUCGUAUGAAUCUCUCCGUCCCACCUACACCCACGAAGCCAUGCAGAAACUAGUGGAAAAAGGCUACCUUAAGUAUAUCAUUAGCCAGAAUGGAGAUGGCCUACAUGGCUUGUCAGGAGUACCAGCUGAUAACAUGUCAGAAUUGCAUGGAAAUGUGUUCAUUGAGAUCUGUAACAAAUGUAACACACGCUACAGUAGACCAUACUACACGAUGGAUGACACAGGAAGUCAGUACUACGAGGAAGUUGAGGAUUAUGGGAAGUCAACAGUAUCCAAGCCGCCUCAUGCUAGAAAGUGUGACAGGUGUGGACUAAGUCACCGAACUGGACGCAGGUGUGAAAAAAAGGGCUGCAAGGGACAUCUCAAAGACUCCAUCAUCAACUUUGGUGACCUCCUGGAAGAAGAUAUCCUUGACCGAGCCAAGCAUCAUGCAGAAUGUAGUGACCUCAUGCUGUGUCUGGGGUCCACACUGAUGGUGACCCCUGCGAACUCUCUAGUGGAGAUGACUAAGGAACCACACAGGCUGGCUAUAUGCAAUAGACAGAAGACUCACAUGGACCGUAAGUUGGGCGGAGGUGUGCGUGUGUUUGGGGACUGCGACGUGUUCAUGAAGGAGGUGAUGAGAGGGGUGCUGGAGGUUGAGGAGCUGACCACGUGGGAGGAGGCAAGACAAAAGAGGAUGAAGCACUAUGACAGUCAGAGGACGCCAGUGUGACUUGGAAGGGGAAAGGCUAUGUAGCCUCCUAUUAGUGCUGGCAAAGGAGACUCCGAUGUUAAGACUGUUGUAACUCCCCUUCUCUUGCCGUGACAAAGUCUGUGUAUCCAUCCAUCCAUUUCUGGCUCAAAAUGAGGAAUCUUUCAGGGAAUCAUCAGUAAAUUGGACACACAUUAUUGGCCAAGUCUUGUUCAGUUUUUAAAUUUUCAAAUCAUUUUUUGUUUCCAUGUGCUAGAAGUUGAAGAAGACAUUAUUUUGUGAUAGUGGACACAAUUAAUAUAUUUUGGGUGUUGCCCCUUAUACAUCUUUACACAUUGUCCUUCAUAUAUGAUAUAUAUAUAUUUACACACUCUUCAAACAUUUUGUAUGUAUAUUUAUUUAUUUUAUGACAUGAUGAAAUAGACCCAUUGCAGAUAUUUUGAGCACUUGUACUUCAAUUUAAUAAACAACAUUUUUUUUAA